GUAGGAGAGUAUCAGCAGCAUUUGACUGUGCAGCUGUCGGCAGUGCCUGUGUGUACAAGAGAGACAGAGAGAGGGAGUGAGAGACAGGAAGAGAGGGAGUGAGAGAGCAGCAAGAAAGAGAAUAGGAAGGGAGAGGAAAAGAAAGGGAUACAGGCAUCAUGUUGUGCUGCAUUAGAAGAACUAAACAGGCUGAGAAGAAUGAUGAAGCUAAUGCGAAAGCUGACCAAGAGACUACCAAACCAGAAGACAAGGCCCAUAAGGCUGCCACCAAAAUCCAGGCUAGCUUCCGUGGCCACAUAACACGGAAAAAGCUGAAGGGGGAGAAGAAAGGCGAAGCAGCUGCGGCGACAAAAGCAGAAGGUGGAGAGAAAAAGGAAGACUCUAAAGUAACAGAAGCCACUAAGGAGCAAGAGGAAACAGCGACAGAGCCAGCUGCAUCUGAUUCGAAAGGGAAGACAGAGGAAGCGGAAAAGGCAGCAAGCAAUCCUGAAGCAGCCGCCCCCUCGGAUGCUGACAAGGCAUCAGAGGUAAAGGAGGCUCCUACGGAAAACUCGGAGAAGGCAACACCAGCUGCAACAGAUGGAAAACCUGUGAACGCUGAGAAGGAUGCUGAGGAGACAGGAAGUGGUGGUGCAAGUACUGCCACUGAAAGUACCCCAUCUUCAAACGCCACUUCCAGCCAGGAAAAGGAGAAGAAACAAGCCGAGGUGCCUGCCGCUGAUGCCAGUGAAGCAGCAACAAAGGCCCAGGCUGAGACAGCUGCCAGCAACACAGCACCAGAGAAAACAGAUUCCGCAGAUGAAAGUAAACCUUCUGAAAGUGCCCAAACUGAAGAAGUUAAAGGAGAUGAAAAGAAGCCCACCGAGGAAAAUGCCUGAAGGUGCAAAGUCCCCAGCCCCAACUACUCUCUCCCCUUUGAUGUGUGGACCAUUCCCCGUAUGGCUAAAGGCGGGAAAGUUUUCCAGUCAAACAGUGUGGCUUAAUUUAAAUGUUCUUGGUGUUGUUCUGGCAGUUUGAUGACCAUCAUUUGGAAUUUUUGCACUGUACAAAAUUUCUCUGGCUCUCUGUUUCACUGUAUGCAAUGUUACUUUAAGAAGUAAAAAUGUAAGUGAAAAUGGUAUCCUUUUAAAUGUGAUUGGAAUGAAUAUCCAUUUGUUUUAAGAAUAAAGCAAAGUGCCAAUUAUUGGUGGGUAAGGCCUCAUUCUGAUCCUAACUUUGAGGUUGUUUUUUAUCUUAAUCUCCAUUUAAUUUAUCAAAUAAUAUUUAAUUGCAAUUAAACUAAUUUAAUGUGAUUUUAGUUUAUCCAACAAUUCAUGAAUAUUUGAAGAUUAUGUCACUGCCCCAUAACAUACACAAAUGUCCUGUUGACAUACGUUUGUUGCAUGAUCUUUGGCAGAAUUACAUUACGCAAUAGGGAGAGAAAUGCAUUGAUUAUUUAAUUGCUAUUCAAUAGUAGCCUGCAGAUAUAAAAUGUUGUGAUCAGCUGAUUUCUAUAUUCCUCUUUCUUUGGUGUUUUCUGUGCUGCCCUGCAAUUUGCUGCAAUACUGUUUCAUCAGAACAUCUUGAUGGCUGCCCUAUGCUAUUCAGCUGUAAACUAGAAAAACUAUACAUAAUAAAGUCUGCUAUUUUGCCUUUUCACGUUAAGUACGAGAAAAAUUCUCAGAAUUUAGGAAAGACCCAUUUAGAUUUUAUGUAAGCAGCUAAAACAGGGGAAAGGAAGAGCUAACAGGACAGGACAGAAUUCAAAGGUAUUGGAUUGUUUGACCAUUAUGUAUCAUUGUAAUUAACACAUUUAGGAAUUAUUGCAUGGAUUGUAGCUCAUUUUACAAAAACGUACUGCCUCUGUGCAUCAAACAACUCAGUCAAAUGGUAUAUGACUCUAGAGAAAGAAGGGAUCCAUUAAAAAUAAGGCAAAAAUCUAUUGUGUAAUACUCAAAUUCAAUUAUAUGAAAGUACUAUCCUUUGUCCUUAGAUCAUCAACGGUUCCUGGAUUGGUUUCCAAUUCCAGUUCUUCAAUUCACUAUACAUUCAAGAAGAUGUUAAUUUCUUUCCCAUCAGGGUUCACUAGCACAGAAACUGUCUCCAGUAAUAUAUUGCGGGGAAAUUGAUUCACAUCACUGCCUUACCUACUGGUCCUUGCACCAUUCCAAAGGCCCAUCGAUCAUGCCAUGCAGCAUGUAGAAAGAAUUAGCAUGAAUAUUAACCUAGGAUGGGGGAAGCAAGGGAGCAAGAAUAAGUUUAUUCAUCUGCUGGAAUCUGUGAGGAGUCAAUGCAAGAACUAAAGUCAUGUCAGUGUUCAAAAGGAAGUGAGACACAAGCUUACUUUGUUUGACUUGACAGAACAGCAAACCUGUAACUCACAAAUCAUCCCCAUCUACAGAUUAGAACUCCACCUUCAAAUAUCUAGAGGAAUGUUACUAGCAGAUAGGCCUCUGGGCAUUUCUACCACUAGACUAUUAUAACACUUCUAGUAAUAUUUAUUAAAUUGCAGUCAUUAGUUGGACAUAUCUUCACUAGAGCUUUUUUUUCAUUCUCAAUUACAUUAUUUUCUGCUUUAAAUGUUGUCCAGUACAGAGAAUUCUGGACAAUUUGAAACAUUUUGCUUAUUUUUGCUGGAAUGCCUCAGUUGCUAUUAUAUUGAAGAGAUUUCAUCCAAAAUGUUGUGUUAGUAUUAGUAGCACAUUCUGAGAAUGUAAUAAAACAGUGAUGCAUGUCGCACGGUAGAACACCAUUGUUUGUACACAUGUAUUAUAUUCUCCCUGCUUACUGAACAACACCAUUGAAAGAUUUCUUUCAUUAUAGUACUCUUAAGGCAAUAACCUGGCAUUGAAAAGUAACCAUUACUGGAGAAACACAAGUUCUAUACCGAAUAAUUAAGCAAAAUCAAAUUCCCAAAUAUAAAAACUGAUUUCUUAAGGAUUUAAUUUGUUACAUCUCUUCACAAGCAUAUUCAAUUAUUAUAUAUUGAUUACGUUCAAAAAUAAAAUGAUUUCCCAGUUUUAAGUUAAUAAACUUACUCAAUGUUACAGCAUAUCUGUGAUACCUUCACGUGCAAAUGUAACAGUGAUUUGACUGGUUUCAGUUUAAAAAUAUAAAAUAGAUGUUUAUGAUUGAAGUACAGCGAUACAUUUUAGUGAGGAGUAUGUAAAAUAACAAUUAUUUUUGGCUAGGUCUUGCAUGCAGAAUUUAAGAUUCUAAAAUUCACUCAAAUUACCAUUUCAAUUUAAAAAGAACAUCUUUAUAUUUGUGCCUCUCCACUUCACUAAAGUAAGCCCAAUUCUGUACAAUGAUUUGUCAGCUGCCUUCAAUGAAACCUCAAAUUAUGGAAAAGAGUAACAUAGGAAGAUAUCAGGUCACCAUAACAACAUAUUACUAAAAUUACCUCUGUAGAAAUGAUGAAAAUAAAAAUUCUUCCCUUCAUACAUUUCAAAAUACUUAUGUGUUCCUUGCUGAAUAACACUGUCAAUUGAUUACACAAUGGGCAAUACCAUCAAUGUGCAAAUCUGGAUUUUUUUAUUUUUAAAAUGAAAAUUAUAUGGAGCUCAAUGGAUUCAUUGUUCAUUAGUUUGCAAUAAUACUAAGAAAGUUUUAAGUUCUUAAAGUAUUAAAUAGUCAGGAAUGAGCAAUUCAUUUAAACUCAUAGCUUUCUAUUACUAUUUAACCAAAGCCACUCAGUUCAUUUAAAACACAUGAUGAAACAUGAGAAUCUUAUAAUUGAUCACUUUUGCUAACAUUUCUUUUGUGUGAUUUUAAUUAUAAUGAUUUAAAAGGCAAGGUAAAGCACCUUAUUUAAAUACAAAAGAAAUAAAGUGGUUUUCUUUAUUGAUUGGCACUAUUCAAUCCAGAAAAAUAUUUUUAUUGAAACUCAUACCCAUUCGUUUCUACUGAUAUUUUGUUUUGCUCACUGAUAACAAUAUCCACUGAUUUUGAAAAUAUAUAAACUGAAACAUUCACUUACUUGUAUGGUAUAUAGCUUCAAACAUUUCUAAAUAGUUAGAUUCUUUAUAUCUAAAUGUUUGUUCAUUAGAGAUCACAACCAAGGAGAAUGAUGAUACAAUUCAUAGAAAGUUUUGUCACUUGGCUUUCUACCAAGAUUAUCAACCAUUUUCUAUAAAUUCUGUGUAGUUCAAUGCAAAUUAGGUGAACGAAACACCUCACUCCACAGAAUGAACACAGCAAGGUGCAAGUGCUAAACUCAUUUACUGAGUACAACAAAAUGCCAAUAUAUUUUUGUUUUGGAAACCAGGUGAGAGAAAAGGUAAUAUCUGCGGGGGGCUUCACAAAGAAUUGAAAGAAAAUGAUUUUUUUUAAACCCAGGGCUGAAUAUGCAAAUAUGUGCAACUCGUGAUGAUCGUAAAUGAAGCAUAGUUGAUGUGAAUUUCUAACCUGGAUUCACGAAAAUUCUUUAACUGUUCCCACUUGAGCUUUGCACUCUGACUUUUCACCUCUACUGGUGGAAAAAAACACAUUUUUUGUAAAAUACCAAAAAAACCCUGAUUUCUUAACCUAAUUAAUCAUAAUAAAUUGAAACCUCAGUGCUGGAAAAUGUUUUUGUCCAGUUUCCUCCUUAGAUAAAGGCCAUUUAACGUAAAAUUAUGAGACAGUUAAGGAAUGUUUAAAAACUUUUUAGCACUAGACUCCAGAAUCAUAUUAUCUAUGAUGCACUUUGGCAACUAAUAGCUACUAUCUGAUAUUCUUCUUGAUUUUCUAGUGAGUUUCCCUUUUGGGAUAUACCUGUAUGUUGAUAUCAUAAAAAUGUACAAUUCUCAUCUGUUACAGAUCUAUUUGUUAUUUUAUGGGAAAAAUAGAACAUUAAUAAUUCCCGGAUCCAAAUACUCAUUGUCCUCUACAUCAUCUGUGAUGGUGUGCCAUGAAUACAACCAAAGGUAUUGAUAUUUAACCCAAGUGCAUAAUUUUACUUCUCUGGUGUUAUUAGACUGUCAGUUUGAAUGCCCAAUCUCUUAGAAAGAUUUCCACUUUUCAAUAAUUGGUUAUUGUGCUUACACCUAAACAUGGCAAUACUUGUCACUGCUAUUUUGAAAGUUCUUGAAAGUUCUUUGAAAACUCUGGAGUGAAGAGAAUGGCUAUAGAAGCCAACAAGGGAAUACUAAACAUCUAAGCUUCUGUAAGAGAGGGAGCGGGAACAUAAAAGGGCUUGGAGACAAUUCAGUCUACUUCUCUUGGCUUGAUUACCUAAGCAUAUUGUGAAAACUUUGUGAAUCUCGGCACAAAAAAGAUCCUUUAGUAUAUUGGCAAGCUCACUGUAUCUCUGUAUGUAGGCAGACAACACUAAAUUGGCAUAUCUGGUUAGUACAUACAUAUCACAAAUGUUUUGGCUGUGGGUAUUACUUGUACUUUCAUAUGUGUUACACCUCUAGUUUUGUUUUCCUGGGGUAAAUAAUGCCAACUGCUUACUGUUAUUCAGCCUUGUAAUUGCCUCAGAGAGAAUGGUUGCAACAUCAGAAAUUAACAGACUUUUGCUUGGUUAUUCUACAAGGUCACUGGCUGAAGUCUACUAUUCAUAAAUUGCAGUUAAUAGGGGAAUGAAUGAACCAGAAUUUCUGCCAAUUUUAAUAAUGAUUCUUGCCCAAAAGUAAACACAAGGAAUGCAUACUGGUACAGUGUGAUUUCAUAGGUCACACGAAACAAUUACUUGGUUAUUUAAAAUGUUUUUAACCUACUGUUUUUAAGAUGAACACAAAACAAAACGCAGGAAACAUUUAAUAUUGUUCUUGAAGUGAUUUUUUAUAAUGCUGUAUCAAUAUAGUCCUAUUUAUUAAUGUAAGUAUGUAAUGCCUUGCCGUUUGAAUAGACCUCAAGCUUUUUGCCAUACCAGAAAUUACUGCGUUUAGUAUCUUCUUAGAUAACCGUUACAGAGAUAGCAAGAACUAAAUACAGAAAAAAAAAACAUAACUACAGGUCACCUUCCAAUUUUAGCCAGGCAGUCUCUUAAACUGUACCAAAACUGAAUCAUGGUUAGGUGACGAGAAGUGAGUUUACUUUGUCUCACAUAUAUUUCUAAUAGUUUUAGUGGCAAUUUGCAAGUUUACUCAUCAAAACAAAGAGGACCAUUAUAGCUGCAACAAUAUGCAGUCAUUAAUCAUUUUAGUAACUGCUUAAUAAAGGUUUCACACACAUCUGGAUAUGUGGCAGAAGUAGUAGGAUUGGUGAAACAGGCCACUGAAUGCAGGCAACUGUAUAAUUGCUUGGUGGGGGAGACAAAUUUUAAAAUGUGGUCACAAUUCAACUCUAUUUGAAGGGAGCUUAGAACUCUUGAUCUCCUUUUUUUAUAAAAGAAAACUAAGUUAAGGAAGAGUUCAGAUUCUGUAUGCAUGCUGGUCAUAGGUUUCAAAUUGCACCAAUAUUGUAUUUGCUGAAGCUGUACUUUUGACUUGGACCUAAUUGAUGCUUAGGCUAAAAAGUUUUUAAAAAGGCUGUGUGUAUAUUUCCAACUGCAUUGCCACGAAAUGAAACUCUAGCAGACAAUAGAUCUGUUGGUCGUGCAAUUGUUAUGGAUAAUUUCUCAAUAUGUUGCCUCCUUAUGCAUAAAAUAGAUCAAAUGUAAUUAUCUUACAGAUGAACGCCGUCAUUAGCCACCUUUUAUGUCAUGUAGGCCAUUUUACCAUUGUAUCAGUGAUAAUCGUGUAAUUUAGAGUGUGUUUAUAUUGUAUGAGCACCCUUACAAGUUGGUAUGUUGAAUCCACAGUAUAGUGCCAAUUAGGCUUUAAGGACAUGCACAAAGUACAGAAAAUAUAAUUUAAGACAAUAAUAAAAUGAGGCCCGCAGUGUCCUUUUGGCAUAUCCAAUUGAAUACCAAUGUUACCAUGCUUAAGUACAAGUCUCAGACACUGUAUAACUAUGUUUUAUGAAUUAACCAUCCUCAGAGCACAAGAGUUUGUAGUUGGAAGCAUACAUUUCUUUCAGCCUUAGUGAAUUUUUUGAUUGCCUUCCUGCCUACUUGAUUGGCCACUGCCUUACGCAAUCCUGAUCUACUUGCUUGGUGCUGUUGAGUCCUUUGUGAUGUUCUGUAGUGCUUGAUUGCUGGUAUUUUUGUACUGGUAAAUUAUUUUUACUCAGCAGUAAUGAUAUUCUGAAUUUGUGAGUGUGUGUAAUUGGUGUGGCAUCUAAGAUGGCUGAUGCAGAAUGUGGCCUGCCUUUUUUUCACAAAACGUUAGAGAGACAGUGGGGAGAAUGAAAAAUAAAAGUCACCAGUCUUCACAAUA